CGCUGUUGCUUCAGUCCUGCUCUAACACUGCCGUCUUGCCGUGCCAAUACCCGGACGGCUGCAAUUUUUGGUGCCGAAAGCCGAACGCGCAUCCACUAUGUCAAGCAUCUACUCCCACAGCCACAUUGUCUUUUUUCCAACCUUCCGCGUGUGGCACAGUAUUCUUCCAGCUCAGCCACCCCCAUCGACAAUCUCUCGUCAAUCGAUCAAUACCGCCCCAUUGAAUACGCGUAGACCACUAAAUAUCACGUGAUCUCUCUCGCUCCCCGAGGACGACCUUUCACCGCCAACGGCUGUCACAACUCCAUGUCCGUACCAUGAACUUCGGCAACACCAUCGCAAAAGCAUGCAGCACCUUCGCUCUCACCAACAUCGACGACCUCUUCGUGCUGGUCACUUUCUUCGCGCUCGCCGCCACCGGCAAGACUACGCCCUUGAAGAUCACCAUCGGGCAGUACCUCGGCUUCACGGUCAUCAUUGCAGUCAGCAUGAUCGGCUUUGCGGCGGCGAUGGUGCUGCCUCCCGAGCCGAUUGGGUUUCUGGGAUGGGUGCCGAUGAUGCUGGGGGUGUGGGGGGUGCUGGGUCUUCUCUUUUCCCACAAGCAGGAGCCGGACGAGGAUGUAGGCGAGGAGACUGAGCAGGCGGAGCAGACGGGGAAACGCGAUGCACUGAAGCAGAUAGGCAGCGUAGCGUUUGUCACCAUGACGAACGGCGGGGACAACAUCAGCACGUACACGCCGCUCUUUGCGCAGGCCAAGGGCGCCGAGAUCGCGGUGUAUAUUGUGACGUACUACAUUCUGCUCGGUGCGUGGUGUCUUGUUGCGUUCCUGGUCAUGAAGCAGAGACAUGUUGUUGCGCUCGCGGAGAGGUAUGCGAGGUGGGUUAUUCCGUGGUUGUACGUGGGGCUGGGAGUGUACAUUGUGGUUACUUCGGAGUGCUAUCCGUGGAGUAUUGGGAAGAUCGACGAUGACCUGUCUUCGAAGCCGGGUAGUGUUAUCUUAGGGGUUGUUACUGCCGUUGUAAUUGGUGGGGUUGUUGGGGCUAUGGUGUGGGUUAGGCUGAGGGGUAGAGCGGCGAGACAGGCGGCAGGAGAAGGUGGUGAAGAGGGCGUUACGACGGACGGUGAGCUGGAUGGGGUUACUCCAGAGGUUCAACCCGACAAGCAACAGGAAUGCAGUGUGGACGACGACCUGCGGUAUCAAGCUGGGGUUCCAGAGUCUGUGGGAUCUGAACACGCUGCACCUGUACCCAAAGUAUCUGGUGCUGAAGCUAUCAGUAAGUAAUCCCGGAGAGAUAUGCUCAAGAUUCAGAAGACUCUCUCACAUAUAAUUUGGAUCGAUUGCCACUGUUUCUUUCCAUGGUGUCUGGAGCGGUCAAAAGACGUCCGCACGCGCCACUAAUUACCGCAAAGGCGUUGGAUGGACAUUCUAGAGAAGCCCU